CCAGACCUUCUCCCGCAGCCGGCUCUCGUCGCUCACGCUUCGCGGGUGGCCCCGCCGGUGACCUCUCGGAGGGGCGGGAGGCGGCCGCCUCGGGGAACGUUCUCGGAAGGCAGUUCCCGGCAUCUCCCGGAGCUCCCCGCUCCACGCCGGCGGGAGAGACCGGAGCCGCGCGGAAAAUCACCGCCAGCUGUGGUCCCGAAACAGACGGAGAGAAGUGGCCUCGGGCGCCGGGUUUCGCCUGCGUGCGGGCGGCCGGCGGGGGUGCAGCGGGCUCAACGCGCUCUCCGUGUGGUUGAGGGUCCUGAGCCCGACACACCUGUAGACGAAGCUGAUGACCCAGUUUAACCCAGCUCAAAAAUGAUGCUUGGAAAUCAGCUAUUGGGGAAAAUGUGCCAUUCGAGGAUUUUACACGGUGGACUUGAAUGUAUUCACCUUCAUUAAAUUAAUGUGUGCCGGCCAGCAUUCGUGAACCCGACCCCCGAGCUCAUAGGGGUUUACGUUGCGGUGCAGUCCUGAGCCCUCCCCUGGGACAGCAGUGUGAGAAGAAGCCUUCCCGGAGGAGGAUGUCAUUCUCGGAAUCCGGGGUGCUGCCUCUGCCUCGCUAACCGCUUCGGGAAGACUGCUUCACCUAGACUGAUGCUUACUGGUCCUUACCGUUACUCCCACUAACGCCCGGUGUCGUUGAGUAUAUCUGUUAAGAUGCCUUAGAAAAAGAAUCAUGGAGAAGUAUGUUAGACUACAGAAGAUUGGAGAAGGUUCAUUUGGAAAAGCCAUUCUUGUUAAAUCUACAGAAGAUGACAGACAAUAUGUUAUCAAAGAAAUUAACAUCUCAAGAAUGUCCAAUAAAGAAAGGGAGGAAUCAAGAAGAGAAGUUGCAGUGUUGGCAAACAUGAAGCAUCCAAAUAUUGUUCAGUAUAGAGAAUCAUUUGAAGAAAAUGGCUCUCUCUACAUCGUGAUGGAUUACUGUGAAGGAGGUGAUCUGUUUAAACGAAUUAAUGCUCAGAAAGGCAUUUUGUUUCAAGAGGAUCAGAUUUUGGACUGGUUUGUACAGAUAUGUUUGGCCUUGAAACAUGUACAUGAUCGAAAAAUUCUUCAUCGAGACAUAAAGUCACAGAAUAUAUUUUUAACGAAAGAUGGGACAAUACAACUGGGAGAUUUUGGAAUCGCUAGAGUACUUAAUAGUACUGUGGAGCUGGCUAGAACUUGCAUAGGGACCCCAUACUACUUGUCACCUGAAAUUUGUGAAAACAAACCUUACAACAAUAAAAGUGAUAUUUGGGCUCUGGGGUGUGUCCUAUAUGAGAUGUGCACACUUAAACAUGCAUUCGAAGCUGGCAAUAUGAAAAACCUGGUACUGAAGAUAAUAUCUGGAUCUUUUCCACCAGUAUCUUUACAUUAUUCUUAUGAUCUCCGCAAUUUACUCUCUCAGUUAUUUAAAAGAAAUCCUAGGGAUAGACCAUCAGUCAACUCCAUAUUGGAGAAAGGUUUUAUAGCCAAACGCAUUGAAAAGUUUCUCUCACCUCAGCUUAUUGCAGAAGAAUUUUGUCUAAAAACAUUUUCCAAGUGUGGAGCGCAGCCUAUACCAGCUAAAAGACCAGCUUCAGGACAAAGCUUGGCUUCUGUUGUGUCUGCUCAGAAAAUUACAAAGCCUGCUGCUAAAUAUGGAGUACCUUUAACAUAUAAGAAAUUUGGAGAUAAAAAAUUGCAUGAAAAGAAACCACUUCAAAAACAUAAACAGGCCCAUCAAAUUCCAGUGAAGAAAGUGAAUCCUGGAGAAGAAAGGAGGAAAAUGUUUGAGGAAGCAGCAAGAAAGAGAAGGUUGGAAUUUAUUGAAAAAGAAAAGAAACAAAAGGAUCAGAUUAGUUUAAUGAAGGCGGAGCAGAUGAAAAGACAGGAAAAGGAAAGGUUGGAGAGAAUAAAUAGGGCCAGGGAACAAGGAUGGAGAAACGUGCUAAGUGCUGGUGGAUGUGGUGAAGUAAAGGCUCCCUUUUUUGGCAGUGGAGGGGCAGUGGCUCCAUCAUCUUUUUCUUCUCGAGGACAAUAUGAACAUUACCAUGCUAUUUUUGAUCAAAUGCAGCAACAAAGAGUAGAAAAUAAUGAAGCGAAAUGGAAAGGAGAAAUAUAUGGCCGAAGACAUCCAGAAAGGCAAAAGGGGCAACUAGCUGUGGAAAGAGCUAAACAAGUGGAAGAGUUCCUACAGCGAAAACGGGAAGCACGGCAAAAUAAAGCUCGAGCCGAAGGACAUAUGGGAAUCCUGCAAAACCUGGCAGCUAUGUAUGGAGGCAGGUCCAGCUCUUCAAGAGGAGGGAAGCCAAGAAACAAAGAGGAAGAGGUUUAUCUGGCAAGACUGAGGCAAAUAAGACUGCAGAAUUUCAAUGAACGCCAACAGAUUAAAGCCAAACUUCGUGGUGAAAAGAAAGAAGCUGAUUAUUCUGAGGGACAAGAAGGAAGUGAGGAGGCUGACGUGCGGCGUAAAAAAGUUGAAACAUUUAAGGCCCAAGCAAGUGCACGAGCUUCUGUACUAAAAGAACAAUUAGAACGAAAGCGAAAGGAAGCAUAUGAGAGAGAAAAGAAAGUAUGGGAAGAGCAUUUGGUGGCUAAAGGAGUAAAGAAUUCUGAUAUGUCUCCACCUUUGGGACAACAUGAAGCAGGUGGCUCUCCAUCAAAGCAACAGAUGAGAUCUGUUAUUUCUGUGACUUCAGCUUUGAAAGAAGUGGGUAUGGAUAGAAGUUUAAGUGAUACCCAGGAAACCUCAGAAGACAUGCAGAAGGCUAACAGUGCUAUUUCAAGUAAGCGGGAAAUACUACGUAGGUUAAAUCAAAAUCUUAAAGCUCAAGAAGAUGAGGAAGAAAAGCAAUGUCACUCUGAUACAUGUGAGAUAGUUGUUAAUGAAGGUGCCAAAGAGCAUGAAAAAGAAAAAUCAGUUUCAUCUGAUCGCAAGAAAUGGGAGGCAGGAGGUCAACUUGUGAUUCCUCUGGAUGAGUUGACAUUGGACACAUCCUUUUCUGCAACUGAAAAACAUACAAUGGGAGAGGUUAUUAAAUUAGAUCCUGGUGGAUCUCCAAGAAAAGUCUGGGGGAGAAGUCCUACAGAUUCAGUUCUAAAGAUACUUGGGGAAGCUGAACUGCAACUUCAGACAGAACUAUUGGAAAACACAGCCAUUAGAAGUGAGAUUUCUCCUGAAAAGGAGAAGUAUAAAUCUUUAAUUACUGGAGAAGAAAAAGUAAAAUAUAUCUCACCUGAAAUGGAUUCAUCAGCUGCUGUUGAUUCUUCUGUUGAAACGAACAGUCCAGAGUUUAGAGAGUCAUCUCCUCAGAUAUCAUUGAAACCAGAAGGAAAUGUGGAUGAAGCUGAUGACUUAGAAACAGAAGUUCUGCAAGAGCCAGGUGGAGCAAACAAAGAUGGUAGCUUGCCAUGCACGAUAAUUGAUGUGUGGAUUAGUGAGACAAAAGAAACAAAGGAAACUGAGUUUGAAGAUAGGAUCACUGUUCAGCAAAAUGAAGUUUCUGAAGAUGAAAUCCCAAUGAAUGUGGACCACCUUAGUGAAGUCGAUAAAAGACCUGAAAUAGAUGAUUCUCAGCAUUCUAAAUGUGGUAUAGAUAAAUCUGUGCAACCAGAGCCAUUUUUCCAUAGAGUGGUUCUUUCAAAACACUUGAAUGCAGUUUCUCAAAUUCAGUCAAUUCUAUGUUCACCAGAAGAAUCCUUCCCACUUCGAUCUCGCUCUGAUUCACCACCGAAAAAUAAAAACAAGAAUUCCUUGCUGAUUGGACUUUCAACUGGUCUAUUUGAUGCAAACAACCCAAAGAUGCUAAGGACAUGUUCACUUCCAGAUCUCUCAAAAUUGUUCAGAACACUGAUGGAUGUUCCUACUGUAGGAGAUGUAUGUCAAGACAAUCUUGAAAUAGAUGAUAUUGAAGAUGAGCAUAUUAAAGAAGGACCUUCUGAUUCUGAAGACAUUGUUUUUGAAGAAACUGACACAGAUUUACAAGAGCUUCAGGCCUCUAUGGAACAGUUACUUAGGGAACAACCUGGAGAAGAAUACAGUGAGGAGGAAGAAUCAGUCUUAAAGAACAGUGACAUAGAGCAGACUGCAAAUGGGACAGAUCUGGCAGAUGAGGAUGACAAUCCCAGCAGUGAAAGUGCCCUAAAUGAAGAAUGGCACUCAGAUAACAGUGAUGGUGAUAUUACUAGUGAAUGUGAAUAUGAUAGUGUCUUUAACCAUUUAGAGGAACUGAGACUUCACCUGGAACAGGAAAUAGGCUUUGAAAAAUUCUUUGAGGUUUACGAGAAAAUAAAAGCUAUUCAUGAAGAUGAAGAUGAAAAUAUUGAAAUUUGUUCAACAAUAGUUCAGGAUAUUUUAGGAAAUGAACAUGAACAUCUUUAUGCCAAGAUUCUUCAUUUAGUCAUGGCAGAUGGAGCCUAUCAAGAAGAUAAUGAUGAAUAAUCGUCAGAAUAUUCUUUAAUUCUCAACUAUAUGAAAGCAUUUAUGUUUGGCUCAUCAGAAAAACAAGCUGCAGUGGGAAAUAUAGCAAUUUUCUACAAAUUAUCAGAUUUAAGAUGGGCAUGCUGAUUGCAUGAAAAAGAUGGAGAAACAUGCCAUUUUUCAAUUAAGAUUCUAGUAUUUUAUCUAUUUUAUUUUGUUCAUUUUCUAUAGUAAACUCCCACAGAAUAUAUACUUUAUUAAAUUAUCCAACCAAAGCAUAAGAGACAUUGAUCCAGAACUGGACUUAAUGGUUCUAAAAAAGAUUUACCAAUGCAAGAAGGUAACUUUUACUUUGAGCAAAUGUCUUUAGGUUAAGAAAAUUACUUAAGUUACGAAACACUUGCCUAUUUUCAACUAAGUAUUAAAUUUUUCAUUUAAGUAUUUAAGCAUGACCUUUUCUUCCUGUGUACAUGUUUUCGUAGCCAGCAAUUUGGUAUUAAAUAAUCUUGUCAAGGGCUCUAUUUAAAUCCUAACAUUUUGAAGAUGGAAUUUUUAGCUUAAGGUUUAUAUUCUCUGUCCUUUCUCAACGAGUGUGUCUCCUGAACUAGCUCAGUGGAACAGGCUGUAGAAAUCAGUCUUAUAAAUCAUUAAAAAAUGUGAUUAUAGAAAAAUAGCAAAAUUGUAUUUCCUGGUAUUUAAAAAGUUCAUUAAUUACUUGUUUCUUUUUAUUUUUUUAUUUUUUUUUUCUUGUUUCUUUUUAAGGACUAGAAUCAGGAAUAUUAUAUGGAAAAAUCAGUCUAUAAAUUAUAACAUUGACAUAGCAUAUAUCACAGAGUUGCCCCUUUUUGUUUUUAACUGCCUCUCAUGUAUAUUCUUCCAGGGCAAUAUGGAAAAAGGAAUUUUUUUUAAUUUUGACAUUGUGACAGUUUGGAUAACUAGUAUUCCAAGGGGGAAAAUGUUUGCCUCUUUUAUUUCCAUUAUGAUCAGUAAAAUGAUGGUCACACAGCUUCAGUUGGAAUAGGCCAGGUAUUACCUGGUUUCACUGCAGAUAUCUAAAGUCCAGGUGCUUCUAGUAAUAACAGCAUAAUUUUUGAAGCCCAGAGGUACAUAGCAGGCUGAUUGACAUAAUCUAUAAUUUGAACAGCAAAAUCUUAUCUUGCAGCACUAUCAGUACUAUGCUGAAUUUAUUAUGUAUAUUACUUCUAACAUCCAAAAGUAAAUACUUGAUUUUUAUAUGUUUAUUUUAUGAUAUUACUAUUAAAUUUUUAUUCUCUACCUGAAGUACA